CUAAGUUUCCUGGACUCCUUUGAAACACAGCUUAGCUCACGCGCCGCUAGAAGUACCCUGGCCCGGCUCAAUGUGAGGACCUGGGUCGGCGUUGCAGGCAUGGAAGCCGGGGCGCCUGGGGGCAGGGCCGGUGUCUCGGCGGUUGCGGAGACCCAGCGAGGGGGCGGAGGCGGAGGUGCAAACAGCGGCAGGGGCGCUGCCAUCGGAGCCACGGUGCCUGCAGUCAUCCUGCGCCGCAUCUCAUCGGUCCACAACUGCUGCGAGCUCCUGGCGUUGGCGCGGGGGGUGGAGGGCGCCGCGUUCGCACCCAUAGCGGCCGCCCGCCUGCGCUACGCCGUCAACAGCUUUGAGACGCUGGUGGGGCUGCGUGAUGCGGCCACACUGCGGGCCUGCCUGGGGCCGGACGUGCACGACAGCCUAGCGGCCGCGCUGGCGGAGCAGCGGUCCUGCCUGGCCUCCAUAAAGGCGGGACUGGGCCGAGUGCGGGAGCGCCAGGCCCCGCCGGCGGAGGCCGCAGCGCCGCGGCAGGAGACGUCCGUGGCGGGCCGGCCGGUGUGCUACCCGCUGGCAGCACUGGCGCCCGGGCUGACGUGGCCGCCCGACGUGGACGGCGGCUGCAGGGAGCAGUGGCUCGGCGCGGACGACUGGGCGGCGGCGUUCGGCCCGAUCGCAGGUGCUUGUGGCGGCGGCGGCGGCGGCGGCGGCAGUGGCGGUGGGCUGUCGUACCAGGAGUUUGUGGCGCUGCCGGCCUGGCGGCGGAACAAGCUCAAGCAGGCGGCUGGGCUGUUCUGAGAAGGUGGCCGCGCUUGUCAUUCUGCAUAUCUUUCCAUGCAUUGCGUCAUGUUACAAGUUGUGAGGGCGGCUCCGCCGCCGGGGAGGGUACCUGCAAGCAGAGAACUGCGGUCUUCGUGCGGGGUUGGGAGGGCGAGCCCGAACCGCCGUGUGACCACGCAGACCGCGCAGUCAGGGACGACGGUAGUCAGUACUGACAGAAGGAAACUCGCAAAGUAGCGAGCGCGACCCCGCGCUCCGCUACUAAACCGGGCCCACCGCCCAUGCGGCGCAUGGGCCCCAAUGAACAAACACACACGCCACGCCCCUUCGGGGCCCACAACAACGUACACUCCGAACGCAGGAAACCUUGGUUUCCGACAACUCGCUGCGCUCGAGCGGAAACCAUCAGUAGCCUACUUGCAGCGGAAACAGGGAGAUCCGCAUUGGACCUCAUAACCGCUCUGGGGACACAGGAGUGGUUUCUGGGGAGCUGGAUGCGGCUGGUAUGUCUGUGCGGCUGUUGGGGCGUCCAGUGUUGGGGCGUCCAGAUCUUCCAGAUGUGUGCGUCAACAAAUGUCGUUGGUGUGCGGCAAGGUGGCGCGCACGGUGUAGCAUGCGGUGCUGUCCAUGUCAAGUAGGCUGUAUGUGCAAAACACCGCCGCGUCCAACUGCGAAGCACUGGGGGAAGGGGGGGGGGCCGAGAACAGGUUUGUUCCGGGUCUGGGGGCUGGUUCUGGGCUUCUGGCCGGUGGAGCUUCCAGAUGUGACCAUCGGCGGGAGUUCCUGUACUCAGUGCAGACUCUGCGUACUAGCAUACUGCGGGGCGAUUGAGCGGACUGAACCUGUUUUGUUCUGCUAUAUGCGCCUCCGGACUCAUAGGAGUUAGUGGGGCCGCAUGGACUACGACGCCAUGUAAAUGCUCAUGCUC